GAAAAACUUGAUUUGUCAGGGAACCUCUUCAAUCGCAGCAUCUUUCUGUCUCUUAGUCAACUUUCUUCUCUCAAAUCACUGAACCUCAAAAACAACAACAUCGGAUCAGGUUUUGAGAGAUUGUCUGGGCUAAAUAAGCUGGAAAUCUUAGAUUUGAGCGACAACAGACUGAGUGAUGAAAACGUGCUCUCUGCUCUAGAGCUAAAUAAAUCUCGAACAACUUUGAAGAAGCUCGAUAUAAGGAACAACAAAUUUCAAAGCUUCAUACCAGAUGAAGAGUUGGGAGCUCUACGAAGUAUCGAGUACUUACUUUUGGAUGGGAACACAUUGGAUGAGAACUUUCUAUAGAGCAGUGUUGUAAUGUCAUCCCUUAAAGUAUUGUCAGUAGCUCAAUGCAACUUGAAUGGGACUCUACCUCGUCAAGGCUUGUGUGAUCUAAAGUAUCUUGAAGAGGUAAGUCUCAGCAGAAACAACUUCAUUGGAAGACUUCCUCCUUGCCUUGGAAACUUAACAUUUCUUAGGGUACUUGAUCUAUCUCAAAAUCAAUUCAUAGGUAACAUUGCCUUGUCUCCACUUUCAAGUCUCUUGUCCCUAGAAUAUCUCUUGUUAGCAAACAACAACUUUGAAAUUCCAAUUUCAUUUGAGUCAUUUGCUAACCACUCAAACCUUAAGUUUGUAAUUGCUGACUACAACUCAGUAAUUGUACAAACUUCUUCUAAGUUAAGUUGGAUCCCAAAGUUUCAAUUGGAAGCCUUUUCUAUAUCCAACUGCUCUAAAAUGCCAAGUUUCCUUCACUAUCAACAUGACUUGAGACUUCUUCGUCUCUCACAAUCCAACAUUGGUGGAAACUUUCCAAAUUGGCUGUUAGAAAACAAUUCUAGACUUGGAGAAGUUUACUUGGGUGGAAAUGCAUUCACUGGAUCUCUUCAAUUUCCAUUCAUUCCUAAUCUGGAAGCUUUUGAUAUCUCAAACAACAAGAUUCAGGGACAAGUUCCUCCUAACAUUGGGCCGAUUUUCCCGAAUCUCGUGAUAUCAACAAUGUCAAACAAUAUGCUUGAAGGAAUGUUGCCUUCAAGUUUUGCUGACAUGAAAAACCUUGAAUGCUUGGAUAUGUCGUACAAUAAAUUAAAUGGAGAGCUGCCGAUAGGAUUGGCUAGUAGAGGAUCCAAGUUAUAUUUUCUGUGAUUGUCGAAUAACAUGUUUAAAGGGGAAAUAUUUCCAGCAUCAACUUACAUCAACAGUUUCAAAUACUUAUAUUUGAGGGGGAACAGCUUCUCAGGCUCAAUUCCAAAAGAGUUGUCCACUGCACCCUUACAUUCAUUGGAUUUAAGUUACAACAAUUUGUCAGGAAACCUACCAGCCUGGCUUGGUCAUAUCCCCUCCUUAACCCACCUUUCGUUGUUUAGUAACGAUCUAA